GACCCAAUCAAGCUAUCGACAAUCACGAAACCAUCAGCCAUCCCAAAAUCACUCCCAGUCACUACUCCAUUUUGUAUCGUCGCUUCUUCCCUUGGACGAUUCAAUCAAUUGAAAUGUCGACCAAAACAGACACUCCCAAGGAACUCAAGGCUCCCAAGGCCACUGGCGUUCUCACCGAACGUGAGAUGCAGGUCCUCGGCAUCGCCUGGCAGUGCUUCACAAGCCCUCCCGAGAUUGACGUGCCCAAGCUUGCCGCGCUUGCCGGUUUUGGCAACCCCCGCUCGGCCACCAACUGCCUGGCCAAUGCCAAGAAGAAGAUUAUGGCUUUGGGGAAUGCCUCCGUUGCUGGCAAUACUGAUGAUGGCGAUAUCAACGGCCCUGGACCUUCCACUCCUGCCAAGGCCAAGACUCCCCGCAAACGAGCCCCCCCUGGCUCUGCUGCGAAGAGCACCACCGGCAAGCGCAAAAGGAUUGCUUCCACUCCUGCCGAGGAAUCUCCCACCAAGAAGCCCAAGGCUGCUGCCGCUGUCGCCGAGGAGGCUUACGACGAGGAAAUCAAGGAUGAUGGUAUCAAGGAGGCUGACGUCAAGGAGAAGAUCACUAGUGAGUGUGACAAUGAUGCUGAAGCCUAAAUCAGUGGCUUUGGGAUCUCACGUGCUAUUCACGACUGGCAGUUUGGCAUAACCUUUCCUUUGUUAGUCUCUGGCAUGUGAGAACAGCAAGACUGGUAAUUUCCAGUUCUUUCUCAUGGCAAAUUUGCGGUAGAUUUGCUGGGAGGGAAAUGCGUGAGGAUUGUGUCAUAAUCUGCUACAUAGGCAGACAUUACAAGUUGAUAGACAGAAG